GAGUUUUAUUAAUGACAAGGUAAAACUUACGCGAAAAUCGUAUUUAGUUUAGUUAGCUUUAUUACUUUAAAGAGUUUGAAAUAAUUGUCACAAGAGUACUGAUUUAAGUAAAGAUUUUCGGAGCUAUAUGAGUGACAAACGAUUGAACAUGGUUUGAACCAUCAAUAUCAUCAGUUGCAAUAGGGUGACGAUGGCAUAUCUUCAGCAGUACUGGAGUAUUUACGUCCUGUUUACAAUUUCCGUUUUAGUUGAAACGAUUCCAACGUGUAAAUACAUUGAUAGCCGAGACUUCGAAGUUGUUUGUUAUGAAAAUGGUGAUACAAACUACGUUCUAAAACGUGGUCUUGUGUCUGACAAUAAUAGAACAACAAGCUUAUCCCUUCAGGGAUGUAGAUUAUCUGAUGUAGAUAAUGAUUCAUUUAAAAACCUAAACUCUCUGAAAUAUUUAGAUUUGUCACAAAAUCAAAUAUCUAAAGUCAAAUUAGAUUCUCUUGAUAGUUCCAAGCAGUUGAUAUAUUUGAACCUCUCUCAUAAUUUAUUUUCUGAUUUACAGCCUGGCUCUUUUGAUAAAACGCCCAACCUAGAUGUACUUGAUUUGUCGGGGAAUCGAUUAAUGUUAAAUUUAGGAAUAUUUGAUCCUUUGACAAAGUUAAGGCACUUGGAUCUUUCAAAUAACAAUUUGCAAGGUAAAGAUCUUGAUGCUUUUAUUUUUGGUCAUAAUACUCAAAUUCGUUAUUUAGAUUUAUCUAUUAAUGACAUAAACGAUGCACCACAUACACUAUUAGACGCUGUUCAAGUGCUAGAAUUAUUGAAUUUAGAAAGAUGUCUGCUUAAAGAAGUGCCAAAAUUUGCAAUUAGAGCGAAUCUUAAAACAAUGAAACAUUUGAUUCUAUCUACUAAUCAAAUAACAGACUUAGGAGAUGGUACAACAUUCAUAAACUUAGUAAAUUUAGAAAAACUUAACAUAAAUGAUAAUGCAUUGGAACAAAUACAUGGAGAUGUAUUUAAACCAUUAAAAAAAUUAAAGGUUAUUGUACUUAGAGGUAACAAAAUAAAAUAUCUGCCAGAUAAUUUAUUUUCAAAUAUGAAAAAUUUAGCUAACAUAGAUUUAUCUAAUAAUUUAAUAGAAACUGUUCCCGUCAAUGCUUUUCGUGGGACGUCUGUGAAGAAUUUAAAUUUAUCAAACAAUAGGUUCACAUAUUUGACUGAUAAUUUUGCUUUGGAACUGAGAAAUUCUGGUGCGAAAUUGACAAAGUUCUACUUUAACCAAAAUCCUUGGCAAUGUGCAUGCCUAAUGGCUCUACUGAGCGAAGUUAAGAAGCUAGAAAUAACUUACAAUAGUUUACAUUAUGAUGGCAAGUACCCGAUUUGCGUGACAACAAGAGAUGUCUUUUGCAAAAGACACGAUACAUUUAACGCAGUAUUUACGGAAUUAUAUGACGACAUAUCUUCAGCGGGAAAAUCUGUCGGGGAACCAAUUUGAGAAUCAGGAGUUUACGUAUACCUCUUUAUUAAAUGUUUAAGCUAAGUAGCUUUCGCCUAAAGACUGAUAUCGUUGGUAUAAGGUCGGUAUAAGGGAUGUGAGAAUCAUUUAAUCGCAGAUCAAAUACUUUGUAAGUGACCUCGUGAUAUGGCUGAUUAUUUAUUAUUGAAUAUGUGUUUGAAUGAGUUAUUGACUUCAUUAUCAUUUUAAAAUAGAAAUACGAUGUAUAAUAUAAUAAUUAAGUACCUUUUAUUUUAUGUAAGUAUAAGAUUGUUUUUGAUUUAUAUUUUUACUGCUUCUGCAAUAAAUGAUCUAUCCUU